CAUCUCGUCGUGAUAAAGCCAACAUGGGUUUUGCUAAUCUCUGGUACUCUCAUCCUCGUAAAUACGGCCAAGGCUCCAGAUGUUGCCGUGCCUGCUCUAACCGUCACGGUUUGAUCCGUAAAUAUGGCUUGAACAUCUGCCGUCAAUGCUUCAGAGAAUACGCCAACGACAUUGGCUUCAAGAAGUUGGAUUAAAUCCGCUUUUUUGAUGACCACAUCUAUGAAGAGAAACGCCACACCCCAACCAUUAGAAAGUCUUAUGGACUUUUGUUGCACACACAGUGCAAAUGGAAUGCGUCACCAUUUU